CUUUUACUUCACUCUGAGGCAAUUGGAAACUGAGACACCAGCUGUGUCUGUUAACAUUAAAUAGCCUGGUCUCAUUAUCUUUAGCAUAUCUUGAGAGGAACAUGUUUUGGAUAUUUGUAUUCACUCUUCUAAAAAUGUACUCAACAUAUGAAAUUGUCCAAAUAAAUCACGCUAUAGAAGCUGAUCCUGGAGAUACAGUGACUUUGGCAUGUUUUUACUCUGCGGUUUACGAUUCAGAACUAAAGUACUGGUAUAGGCAAGUACUGGGACUAAAGCCUCAGGUAAUAGUUAAAUAUUCGAGUGGCGCACCAGCAUGGAAUUCUCCUUUUUCUGAAGAGUUUGAUAGAGGACGUAUGACAACACAGCAGUCAGAGAGAUCAUUUAAUCUGACCAUCAGAAACAUCACAUCAUCUGAUGAAGCAACAUAUUACUGCACAGGCACAGUAUAUUCUGAGAUUAGAUUUGAAAAUGGAACAUUCUUAACAGUCACAGGACCCAAAAGGUCCUAUGAGCAUGCAGCAUUCCUUUGUGCUGUUACCAACAGUUGGUGUGGACAAAUAAACAAUGGAAACACAUCUGAUUUGAAUGCAGAGAAAUCAUUGAGUCCUGUUGUUUGUGGGCUGAUUGCUAUUUUGGGGUUGUGUUUUCUGCACAUAUGUUUUCUGGUCCAUCUAAUUUACCAGUACAGGAAACACAAACAUAACAGAGACAUAGAUUCUCAUCCAUUCAGACCGGACUUUGCGAGAGUCACAAACUACUCAGGACGCUGAUGAACUGAUCAAUUAUGCUGCCCUGCACUUCUCUGAUAAGAAGAUGAAAAGAGGAAAAAAGAAGAGGGAGCCGCCCAGUGAGAGCGUAUACUCCGUUGUUAGACAUUAAGAAAUGGGAUUUUAAAUAUGCUGGAUUAAAUAUUAUUUGUAUGGUGUAGGCCUUUUGUCACACAAUGUCCAAUGUCCACACACUGGAAUUUAGCUCCCAAAUUGAAUUAAAACCAGCGAGAGUAGAGUGCAGACAUUCCCUCUUUGUUUUACGUUUUUAUACUUUGUCCAGCACCUGGCCUAAAGAAAGGUGAGAUGUGCACACAACCACUCUACCAAACUGUGUGACUUUUCUUUUUAUUUACAUUAAUAUAAGUCAUAUGUAAAUUAUUGCUUUUGAAUU